AUGCCGUCACUGAAGGGUACCUACCACCAUGGAUUACCACCUCUCACCUACCAUCACCUCCUCGCCGUCCACGAAGUCGGGCACACGGCCUACCACGAGUGUGUGUGCAAAUACCACCAUGACGCCGACGACAGUGAUUACCACCAUGGAUUAUCACAUCUCACCUACCAUGGCCAUGGUACCCUUAUGUGUAGCAUUCAUGGCCUUCUCCGUAUCCGUGAUCCUGACCCCUGUUCUUUCGUGUUGCAGACGAAGGGUACGGGCAGCUUCGGAAAGCGCCGGAACAAGACGCACACGCUCUGCAUCCGCUGCGGCCGACGCAGCUUCCACCUGCAGAAGAGCACCUGCUCCUCCUGCGGCUACCCCGCCGCUCGCAUCCGCAAGUACAACUGGAGUGUGAAGGCUAUCAGGCGCAAGACCACGGGAACUGGAAGGAUGAGGUACAUGCGCCACGUGCCUCGCAGGUUCAAGAGCAACUUCAGAGAAGGUACCGAAGCUGCCCCCAGGAAGACAGCUGCCGCCAACUAGGUCUGAUUUUGCCAUCAGGAAUCCCGUGAAGUUUGAAUUUGAAGACUUUUACUUUGAUGAUUGUACCGUCGAAGCUAUUGUUGCUAUAGCAUUCAGUAUGGAUCUGAUAUGUUUUGUUGCAUGAUGUUGAAAUUUGACCUCUAAAUCUUGAGCAAGAGCAAAUUUGUGCGAGUUUAUGUG